AUGUUCGGCGGCUGGUCCCUUGCACCAACCAUAUUACUCACCUUACUUUAUACCUUUCUGUGCGCGAACCCCAACUGCUGCUACGCUUAUAAGUUACCCACUGGUAAAGUCAUCACGUGGGUAUUUAACCCAUGUGUGCACUUAAGACAAAGGAAAAGUUCCCUCGUUCGAGGGAACUACCAUGAUCGAGAUAAUAUCGUGGCAGCUAAAAGGACAGUUACCAUUUAUAAUGAAGAUAUACAUGAGAGAGUUGACCUCUUGGGUUUCCCAUCGAGGUGGAGUAAACAUGGUGGUGUUAAUACGGCACGUAGUUUUGGCCAAGGGGCAGCGGUGACAAAGACGAAAUGGAAGAAUGGAAACACCAUCUUGGGAAGUGUGAGAAAAAAAAAAAAUACACAGCUGUGCCUGUUUAGGAGUGAUCCUGGUGAAUGUCCAUCCAUCGGGCGGAAGACCAGGGGAGGCAACUCCGCCAUCUGUGCGAGGCCACGCAAAAAAGUCGAGCGCAACAACAAGGAGGAAGAAGAAGAAGGAGGAGGAGGAGGAAAAAAUGAAAACGUUACAGGUGCAGAAGUAAUAACUGCCGUAGUAACUGCCCCGGGGAAAAACCACAAAAAGGGCAACAACAUCAAAGUGAAAGACGAAAAAAAAAAAAAAGAAAAUUUGCCACACACCCAUGGAGAGCAGUUCACUGGGGUAGCUGCCCCUUUAGAGAAAAAGGAAACGAAGAGGGGGAAAGGCGUCGCGAAAGUGGGGAGCAAGUUAAUACGUGAUGAGGUCAAUCAUUCGAGGGAGCCACUCACAAAUGAUUUGAUUAGAAAAAGCACCAACCAAAUGAGGAGUAAACAAAGGUUCAAGUAUGAACCCCUGUCCACCAUUGAUCAUGCGAAUGGUCACAGCGCAUACGGGCAAACCGCACCAGCGUCGUAUUACAAAAAAGGGGGAAGCGAAAAAGAGGCACAUUACAAAGACGAUCGACGGGAUAACGACGUCACGCAUGCAUACAAAUACCAAGCCCUCCCACUUGAGACCCAUUCUAAUUUGAUGAAACCCCCCGAGGGAGAUGCACCGAGUGAAGACGUCGUCGGGAAGACCUUAGAAGGGGAAGUGUACUCAGUGAGUCCAAACGCAGUUCUAGUCAAAAUAAAAAAUACAAACCAAUUUGGAAUGCUUUUUAAAAAGAGAUGUAACUUUGGAGACGACGUUAAUGAUCUUAAUGAGUACUUCAAAGUGAAGCAAAAAAUUUUUGUAAAAAUUUUAGGCAUAAAUGUUAAAAAAAAAUUGUACUACCUAGCUAACGUGAUUAAAUAUAAUGCAGAUGUGAAAUUGAAAAAGGGGGACACGUCCAAGGGGCUCAUCACAAAAUUGUGUGAUUCAUACGUAUUUGUUAAGGUUCUGAAGAAUGGAAGCACUGGGUAUCUGCACAAGUCCAAGCUGUUUCCCCCAUCAGGCCCCCAUGCGGAGGAGCGGCAAAUGGAGGGGCGGCAACAGGGGAGACAUAACAACGCGUGGAACGCCUUAUUAAAAAUGGCACAAUUUACACAACUCUUUAAAAUAUGGGAUAUAAUAGACGUGGAAAUUUAUGAAAAACCUGAUGUGAAUUUUAAAUCAAAUUAUAUAUUAACCAUUCCAGAGGACUCCAAAACAUUUGAACAGGUGCUCUCCUAUUUCGAUUCCUUGUCGGAGGCACGUCCGCUCGAGGAGGAGGAAGAAGUGAAGCAGACAGCGGAGAGUGACCCAUUUGUGAAUCAAGGAGAGAGUAUCCCGUUGGAGGAUGCCUCCCAUGGGGAUGCAGUCAAUCACAGGAGGAGGAGAAGUAGGACGAAUCACUCACGGGAGGCACAUCAUACGGAUGCAACUCGUGACGAACAGAAGAAUAUCCCCCCACGUGGGUACACUUUUUUAAAAAAAAAUAAAGAGGCACUCCAUAAGGAGAGAGCAUCCACGAAGAUGUGCCGGGUACCAGAAAAUGCAAGCCUGUCUGUAUUUGCACGAAUGACGAAAAUAUCCUUGUCUGCUUUGAAAAAAUUUUUUAUAAUAAAUGAGAGUAGGGAGUACCAUUCGGGUCAUGCACUCAGUGCGGAGCAGAUGAAAAAAGCGAGUGACCAUUUUAACGUUAGCUGCGUCAUCGACGUUGGGGAGGGGCCCAAAUUGGACGCCCACAAGGUGGAAGCGGUUAGGCAAGCUGUUUUGCCAAAGGAGGAAAGCGGCCGUGGAGAUGCUUCUCUGCAAAACUCAUCUCUGAAGGCAUACAAGACGGAAGAGGAGAAAGUUCAAACCGAUGUGCAGGCAAAACCAAGUGGGAAAAUCAAAUUGGAGCUAAACAAUGGCCAUGUGGAAAAUAAGCCACGUAUUGCCUCCCCCCCAGAAGAACAAAAACAGAAAUGUAAAAAGAGAAACCUUGUGGUGACCUUCAUUGGGCAUAUCAACCACGGGAAAACGUCCCUGUUCGAUUACAUAUGUAAAACGAAGGAAAGGGAAAAGGAAAAGGGACUCAUAACUCAAAAUAUAAGAGCGUUCAAAGUGAAAUCGCAAAGCAAUGACUUCACAUUUACACUGAUUGACACCCCAGGACAUGAAGCUUUUAUGCCAAUUCGAAGCAGAGGAGUGAAAAUAUCCGAUCUGAGCAUACUAGUAAUAUCGGGAGAGGAAGGUAUACAAGAGCAGACAGUGGAGUGUAUUAAAUUAAUUAAAGAACAUCACAUGCGAAUUAUAAUUGCAGUUACCAAGAUGGACUUACCCAACGUGUCCGUUGAUCGUAUUGUUAAUGAUCUUCUGCAUCACGAAAUUUAUACUGAAAUGAAUGGUGGGGAUGUGCAGGUGGUUCCUUGUUCCAUUUUUAAUGAAGACUCGCUAGAUAAGCUGGUCGAUGCCAUAUAUUUGGAGUCAGCCUUUUUGGACUUACCAUUAGAGGAGGAGAGUAGUAAAUAUGCACAAGGAGUUAUCCUCGAUUCUUACAUUGACAGGAAUGGGAUCGUGUCGAUCAAUUUAGUUCAGAGUGGAACCCUCAGAGUGAAUGAUUAUUUCUACACAGGGUCCUCCUAUGGUAAGGUCAAAAUGUUGAAGGAUCACCUCAACAAGAAGGUAAAUUCUGCAUGCGCCUCUGACCCAGUGAUGGUGAUAGGGUACGAAAAGAAUUCCGUGCCUGUCGCUGGAGACAAAUUUUACAUUGUGCAGAAUGAGGCAGUUGCGGAAGAAAUCGCGCAACACCAUAAAAGUGAAUUGCUCACUUCACAAAUGAGGGGGUUCAGCUACGGGCAGGAGGAGGGAAGUUUUGAUCGCUACAGAGAGUAUAUCAUUAAGGAGGGCGCCCUUAGCCCGGAUGAGGAAUCAAGGCAGAACAAUACACAGUUGGAAGAGGGCACAAACGGGGGAGACUUCCCUGCACAGGACGAUGAGGUGGGAGAGACCCCCCCACAGGGACGAAGCAAUGAAAAGGAGGGUAACCUGCUUGGACAAAAAGACCUCAAAACGGUAUACGUGAAUUACUUCCUCAAAUGUGAUAAGCAGGGGACGAUUGAUGUGUUAAAAAAUGGCCUCCUGAAUUUAGAAGUGAAGGAUACACUACACAGAGUUCGAAACAAAAUUGUUUACGCCAGCAUUGGAGACGUCACCGCCAGUGACAUUACUUAUGCUCAAAGUUUCAACGCGAUCAUUGUUGGCUUCAAUGUUAAGCUGUCUAAGAGCUGCCCCAAAAAUGCAAAGCAUUUGCUUAGCGCCGCAAAAUCUGCGUCUCGAAUUAUUUAUGUGAAUGUUCUGUACGAUCUGAUUGAACAGGUGGAAAAUGUGAUGAAGGACAAAUUGAGUUCCAAGCCGAGGGGUAUGUACAAAGGUCAGGCAACCAUUUUAAAAGUUUUUAAUGUCUCCAAGCUGGGCAAGGUGGCUGGGUGUGUCGUCAAGAGUGGUACUGUUAACAUCAACAGCAAUGUGAGGAUUUUGAGGAACGACCAAGUCAUUCACAUUGGAAAAAUCGUGUCGCUGAAAAUUGCCAAGGAGGAGAAGGAGCAAGUUAAGCAGGGCGAUGAGUGCGGCAUGGGAUUUGAGAAUUUUGUGGACUUUCUCCCGGGGGACACGGUGGAGUCGUACGAGGAGUAG